UUCACGGAGCUCCGAGAAAGAAGAGGACGCGCGGCAUUGUAGGCACCUGAGAGAAAUCCUAGGGCUUGCUUCUUCUUAGGGCCGUUUCUCAGGGUGGGAACGGAGGAAACUGAGAAGAAAGAUAUAUAUUGGCGGCCAGAUCCUUGAAAGUCUUCGUAGCUGUAUAUUAUGUAAUCCUUGGCCGUUAUUUACCCAAACAACCAGGUUGCCCCUCCUAGAAGAGGAGUUCUUGCAACCUCUUGAUGUGUGAGGAUAGUUUUUUCGUUGGUUUGACUGAUUUGUACCCCGGCAGGCUCUGUGGGCGAAGAAGCAUGAAGGAUAGAGUAGUCACGAAGAGCUUAUCCCAAAUAUGGACUUGGGUUGAGAGAUGUGUUAGUCUGAGAUGAGUGUGGCCAGGUUCACGUUUUGUAGUUCGUGAAUUUAUUUGUUUUGAGGGUCAAGGCUGACUACAAAUCUUUUUUUUUUCUUUUAAUCUUCAGGAAAGUGGAGACCCUCAAAAAUCUGUAGUAAUAGAGUUGGAAAACAUUUAAGUCUCAACAAAUGAAUUCCACACUUGAGCUCUGCCGCAUUCCUGUGCCACCUCCUCCAUUGGAACACUGAUCUUAGAACAGAGAGAAAAAAGAGGAAUAGAAGGUAGAAGAAGAUGCUGGGAUCUGAACGUGGCGUUGUGGAAGAAUGGUUAUCAGAAUUCAAGGCAUUACCUGACACUCAGAUCACCAAUUAUGCAGCAACAUUACACCGGAAAAAAACACUGGUACCAGCCCUGUAUAAAGUUAUUCAAGAUUCGAAUAAUGAGCUCCUGGAGCCUGUCUGCCACCAGCUGUUUGAGCUCUACCGUAGCUCUGAAGUUCGACUUAAGAGGUUCACACUGCAGUUCUUGCCAGAAUUGAUGUGGGUUUAUUUACGGCUUACAGUUAGCCGAGACCGACAGAGUAAUGGUUGCAUUGAAGCACUACUUUUAGGAAUUUACAAUUUGGAAAUUGCUGAUAAAGAUGGGAACAAUAAAGUUCUGUCUUUUACUAUCCCUUCCUUAUCCAAGCCUUCAAUAUACCAUGAGCCCUCAACAAUUGGAUCCAUGGCUUUGACAGAAGGGGCAUUGUGUCAGCAUGAUCUCAUCAGGGUUGUUUACAGUGAUCUUCAUCCGCAGAGGGAGACAUUCACUGCACAAAACCGGUUUGAAGUCCUAAGUUUCCUCAUGUUAUGUUAUAAUUCUGCUAUUGUGUAUAUGCCUGCUUCAUCUUACCAGUCUCUUUGCCGAAUGGGCUCCAGGGUUUGUGUGAGUGGGUUUCCACGGCAACAUGAAAAACACUGGAAAGAACUCUGUGGUCGAAUAGUAUUGGAUCCCGAAUUUAUGGUGCAACUUCUCACAGGAGUUUAUUAUGCCAUGUAUAAUGGACAGUGGGACCUUGGCCAGGAAGUCCUUGAUGACAUCAUUUAUAGAGCUCAGCUAGAACUCUUUUCUCAACCGCUAUUGGUUGCCAAUGCCAUGAAAAACUCAUUACCAUUUGAUGCUCCUGAUUCUUCACAAGAAGGCCAGAAAGUACUUAAAGUCGAAGUCACUCCAACAGUGCCGAGGAUCUCUCGGACUGCGAUUACAACAGCUUCAAUCCGUCGCCAUAGAUGGAGGAGAGAAGGUGCUGAGGGUGUGAAUGGAGGAGAGGAGUCGGUAAACCUGAAUGAUGCAGAUGAAGGAUUUUCAUCAGGGGCUUCCCUCAGCAGCCAGCCAGUUGGGACCAAAUCAUCCUCCUCUUCUCAGAGGGGAAACUUAAGGAAAGUAGCAACUGGGCGUUCAGCCAAGGAUAAAGAAACAACUUCUGCUAUCAAAUCCAGUGAGAGCCCUCGAGAUUCAGUAGUUCGCAGGCAGUAUGUACAGCAACCAACUGAUCUUAGUGUAGAUUCAAUUGAGCUGACGCCGAUGAAGAAACACCUGAGCCUGCCUGCUGGCCAGGUGGUGCCAAAAACUAAUAGUAUAAGUCUAAUCCGGACAGCCAGUGCUUCCUCAAGUAAAUCGUUUGACUAUGUAAAUGGCAGUCAAGCAAGUACCAGCAUUGGGGUUGGCACUGAGGGUGUUACUAAUUUAGCAUCUAACACUGCUAAUCGAUAUUCAACUGUCAGUCUGCAGGAAGACCGGCUAGGUCAAGCUGGAGAAGGUAAAGAGCUCCUCAGCCCAGGAGCUCCCUUAACCAAGCAGUCUCGAUCCCCAAGUUUCAAUAUGCAGCUAAUAUCCCAGGUGUAGUCUUGACAUCCUCUCUCAUCUUUCUGCUUACCUUCUAAACUGAACAUUUCAUGUGCAAGACACUUCAUCCCACUUGUGAAAAUAUUGGUCAUCAUAAACAGAUUUGAUUUAGUUUAGGUAUCUUCAUACUGUAUUUUGUAUGGAAACAGCAAUAAGGUUUUCUUUUCCCUCCUUCCUAUAUCUUCUCUUCACCUAUUCCUUGUAAAUGUGUUUGUGAAGCAGUAGAAAAUGUUUGUUUUCCACACCUUCCUUUCUCCUUGGGUGAAGUGCAAUCCAUCGUAGGCUGAUCGGUCCCAUUUCAACACUGUGAGACUGAGGUUAUGUUAGAGGAAAUGGUGUAUAUGAUCCCUAUGAAUGAUUCUUCAACUUUUGUUUAAAAAAAAAAACGGGUUUGUUCUCAUAAUCUAUGAAGAUUACUGGGUCAUAUUUUUUCUCUCUUAACCAGGAGUGCCUCAGAGAUUCUGCUAUGACUUUGGACUUCUCUGAGUCUGUGCAAUUAUUUUCUUGAGAAGCAUGGGGAAAGGUGGUAGACUGCUGCACUUUUUCAUUAAAACGAGGGUGGCUCUUUUUUCCCCCAUCUCCUUUAUCUCGAGGACAAAAUGUUCAAUUACUGAGGCAUUUAAAUCAAGUUGUGGCCUUUGUUGGAGGACAGGGCUCUAAGUUGAUUGUGUAAUAGAUAAUGCACUUUCUCAAUGGCUCUAGAGUCAUUAUUAACAUGUCUUCCCUCCUCCCCACAAGGACAUAAGGUCAUUUCUGUCCUUCAAGUUUGAACAGCUAAUAAAUCAGAGAAUCCAAGGGGCAUGUUCUAUUACCCAGGAAUGAUUGACACUUUGGUGCUGGGGUUUUAUGGGGGGAGGGGGUAGUUUUUGUUUAGCUUGUGUGGGAUUGUGUGUGAGGGGAAGUUUUGAUUGUUUUUUUUCUUUUCCUUUGUGAGCUGUUGACGACUGAAGUAGAACAGGUAUGUCUUCAGGUAAAGAGAGGGAUUUCUCAACCCACUUUCUGUGAUGUCAGACUAUUGGAGAAACCCUUUCAGCUGCUUUCUAGAUGUACCUAAAUUCAGUCAGAUAUUUUGAAUUAAGAAACCUGAAGUCCUGAUAGAUCAUAUACUCCAAGGAAAUACAUCAGGGACAGAUAAUUGGCUGAAAACACUGAUGCUUCAAUGUGACACAUUUUUAUAGAACAUUUCUACCAGGGGGUACUGACUUGAUUUCUCCUACAAGGACCACACUGCCUUUGUGUUUAAUGUAAUGCAAUUUGUGUACCUUCUAAUCAUAUAUCUGCAAAAGUUUCUCAUUUUUAUAAAAAAUCAUGCCAGUAAGCUAGAGGUUGAAUGUAUGUAAGUAGCAUUUGGUAACUGUGCUAAGAGGCUACAAAAGUGCAUUAUUGGUUUAAAAAAAUUUUUUUUUAGUUCUGAUUUGGUUGGAUAAGGUUUCAUCAUGACCUCUUCUGGGUCUCAGGCUCUAAUGCUUGAUUGAAAUAGAAGAAAAUAUAUUGGUUUUUGAAAAUCAGUGUAUUGUGACUUGAACUGCUAUACAUUCUUCCACACAGUAUGUCAGAGUGAUUAGUGCUUUGUACAUUUAGACAUUUUUAUUUUAUUGUUGUGAAAGAAAAAUAUACUGAAUUUAUAGAAAGCAAGUAUUCUCCUAAUUAACAAAGUUUAAAAUAUUAUCUCUACUGAUUAAAAUUACAAUAGAUUUUGAUAAAUAAAAUAACCAGAAAAAUGCCUCUUGUUUUUUUCACACCUAAAAAUCUACCUAUCCCACCCUCCCCCGCCUUUUAUUGUAAGAGGUUUUUAUAAGGGACUUUCUGUUUGAAUCUUUAUAAGAACAGUGAGAUGCUUGUUUGAAUUUGGUGGUGUGUAAUAUUUUUCAGCUCACAUGAAAAUGGAAAACUAGAACCUGAACUAUUACCUGCAACAUUGCCAAAGUCCGGGGGAAAGCUAAAAGUUGAUAAACAGAGAUUUGUUGAUUUGUGUAUAUAUAUGUUUGUUUGUGU